ACACUUCGAUUUCACAAAAGUUUGUAGUCUUCCGCUGCCCCUAUUCAAGCAAGCCCAAAACGAAAAAUAGAAGAAAUUAAAAUUUCAGAAAAAAGCCCUAAAAAAGGAAAACCUCGAUCAGAAUCUACAUAUUAAUCUAAAAUUCUUCGAUUUGCUGCUGAGUCAAUCUGUUUUAGGUUACUCGUAUGAUUGGAUUUUGUUGACAAAUUGAACCCUUAAUUCUCCAUCUUCUUUGUUGCCCUAAAUCUGAAGUUAAAAUGGGUUGUGACGAAGAAGAUUUUGUGAUGGUUGAUAAAGAUGACGUUGAUUCAGUUUCUUCAGAUGAUUCAGCUAACAGUACUACAUCCAAUCCUAACCAGGUUGCGAUUUGUCAAAAAUGUGGUGUUAGAGGCUACGCCAAUCUCUUAAUAUACUGCGAUGUGUGUCAUGUUGCUGCUGAGCACACCUACUGUUUAGAUACCUUGUCUAAAAUUGAUAAGAAGGUGGAGAAAUGGUCAUGUGGGGAAUGCAUACCAGCAGAUAGACUAAGCAGGCUUACCUUGGCACCAACCCUUGGAGAUGAACAAAUAGAAGCUGAGCAGCCACAAAAUGAUUAUAGUGGAUGUGAUACUUCAAAGAAGGUUUUGUCAAGUCCAUCGAUGGAAGACAACCUGUAUGCUGAUGGACUUCCGGUUAUUGAUCCCGUCUGGAGGGGAAGGUUUGACGUUAGUGGUGAUGAGUACGCUCUUAAAGCACAUAUAUCAAGCAAGGCAUUCUUAAAGGCGUUUAAGGCUGCAAAAGCAUUACCUUCGUUUCUCUGUGUGGAGUUGCCAUCAAGAAUUGAUGUAUGGCCUAAAAUAUUUGGUUCAUCAGCUCCCACUGGUGAUGAUAUUGCUCUGUAUUUCUUUUCGGAUAAGAAAGGGGAGGAAAAUAAUUUCGUGGAACUGGUGGAUGACAUGAUUGAUUUGGAUCUCGCACUCAAAUUUGUGUUUGGUAACACAGAGCUUAUAGUCUUUCCUUCUGACCAGUUGCCCAAGUCGCACUGCGAAUUUAAUGGGGCACCUUAUCUAUGGGGAGUAUUUAGAAAGAGAACUGUUCCUGUUUAAUUCCUCCUUUGUGUUCCUGUAAGCACCAGUAGUUACUAUAAGCCUAUCAGUUCUCCACUAUGGUCUCUCUAGGUGUUUUCCUGGGAAGUGAAGAAUGUUCACUUGGUCAUAUAGUGGAACUGUUAACUCAGUUAGUGCUUCAUGCUUAUUGUAAAUGUUGCACAAAAUAGUAUUCAGCUCUGGAGUUUUUGAGUGUCCUGUUUCCUCGAGUUGAAAAGGUCCUCGAGUUCAACUCAAGUAAUGACGGAAUGGAAGAUAAUUUCUUUUAAGUGUUAAGAUCUCAAGUGUUUGAUCUUCUUUUCUAUU